AUGCCAACUGCUGCCACCAAUGGUUUCUGUAUGUUUGCGCAGGAAUUACGAAUCAAAAUAACGGGACGCAGGCAUUACUAUCAGGAUGAUAUAAUUUCACCGUAUUUAAUCCGUAUUGUAACACCACUGUGGGAACGCCUUACGAGUGAGGAGAAGAAGGUCUGGAAAGAUCGAGCAAAAAUGAAACGUCAUAUCGAGGAGUACUUCAUUUUAAUGCAUCAACCAAGAGUGUUAGUGAAACGGAAAAAACAUGAACAUGAGGCGACGGAUGCAGAGAUUAAUGAAAUUGAGGACAAAGGACAAAAUGAGAAACUUGAUGAGUUUGAUGAAAACGAUUAUCCGGAAGACUCAAUGAUUGGUAUACCGCUGAACCAGAAAGAUUAUGAUUCAGAAGAAAAUGGUAUCAGUCCGUGGACAUACAAGGAAAAAUAUGAAAAGGAUAAAGGACGAGUAUUUGAAUUUCUACGCACUCUUAAUGGAUUGGAUGAAAUUCGACGAGCUCGAUUUUUGUUUAUUUCGGUGCAAACAUAUGGCAAUGUAGAUGGUAUAUGCAUACCUGCUGAAAUUGCAAUUUGUGAAUUCAAUCUAAAGCACGGUAUCAUUGAUAAGUAUACGUCGGUUAUUGGACCGUGGCGUUUGAACAAUGAAAUACAACGACGAAGGGCUGAAUUUCAUGCAAGCGAAACGCACCAAAUUCACUUAGAUAUGUCUGGUGGAAAAACAUUCAAAAUUCCAACUCAAAACUCGUGUUUGAGAGAAAUUUUGGGUCGCUGUGAGCCAACUAUUGCGCAGUAUCAAGGGGUUUUUGUUGGCCUGUAUCGUGAUGGAAUUGCUGAAUUCGACAAUGAUGUGGAGCAACAGGACUUGGUAACCUCUUACAACAGCAGCAAUGGUAACGAUACUCACAAUCGAAGACGAUCUCAAAGCGGUAAUAGUAGCAAUGGUACCGGUUCCAACAGUCGAACAUGUGAGCUAUUUGAGUGGAAAUGA